CUUAUGCCUGACGCGCAGCGAUCAUAUGACCAUUCCAGCAGGAGAGCGGCGCUGCGCCAUGGCUAGGGAUGGCUGCUGUGGGCAAGUCUAUAGCUGCAUAUUCGACUAUGACACCCCGCGAAUAGCGCUCAUCAAGAGCAGGAAGAUUGGAUUCCUCAACCGCUUCAUCCAGCUGGGAAUCCUCGCCUAUGUCAUAGGGUGGGUUUUUAUUUGGGAGAAAGGCUACCAGGAGUUUGACACAGUGGUCAGUUCUGUGACUUCGAAAGUAAAGGGAGUGGCUGUGACCAACACGUCUGAACUGGGCGUCAAGAUCUGGGAUGUGGCAGAUUACAUUAUACCAGCUCAGGAAGAAAAUGCCUUCUUUGUGAUGACCAAUUUAAUCCUUACCCAGAAUCAAACCCAAGGUUAUUGCCCUGAGUUACCUGAAAACAGUGUCUGUUCCGAGAAACAACCGUGUACCCCCGGUUAUGUAGGCAAACAAAGCAAUGGUGUGCAGACUGGAAAAUGUGUGCCCUACAAUAGCACAGUAAAUACCUGUGAAAUAUUUGCAUGGUGCCCAGUGGAAAAUGAUACUCAUGUGCCAGAUCCAGCAUUUCUGAAUGGGGCUGAAAACUUCACAGUUCUAAUAAAAAACAAUAUAUGGUAUCCUAAGUUCCAGGCCUUUAAGCGCAACAUAUUGUCCAAUAUCAGCAGUAGUUACCUCAAAUCAUGCCAGUAUGAUAAAGUAAAUCACCCAUUCUGCCCAAUUUUCCGACUUGGCAGCAUAGUAAAAGAGGCAGGAGAGACUUUCAGUGACAUGGCUGUUCAGGGAGGAGUCAUGGGGAUACAGAUCAACUGGGACUGUGACCUGGACUGGAAAUUGACAUACUGUGUCCCGAAAUACUCAUUUCGCCGUUUGGACAACAGAGAAAUUGAUCACAAUGUGUCACCCGGAUACAAUUUCAGGUUUGCUAAAUAUUUUAAAGAUAGUAAUGGUGUUGAAUCCAGAAGUCUGAUGAAAGUGUAUGGAAUCCGCUUUGACAUCCUGGUUUUUGGAACAGCAGGGAAAUUUGACAUCAUUCCCACAAUGAUUAACAUUGGCUCUGGUGCUGCCUUGUUUGGAGUGGCAACUGUGCUGUGUGAUAUGAUUGUCUUCCAUUUUUUCAAGAAAAGGCAUUACUACAGAGAGAAGAAAUACAAAUAUGUGGAAGACUAUGAUGAAUUGGGAGGUAGUGAAUGUGGAUCAAACCCUUGACCAAUGAAGCAACUGGAUGGACCCUUUUAGUUAGUUAUAGUCGCAUAACAAAUAAUAUUAUGUUGUUUGGACUGCUGGCCUGGAAAUCUGUCCACCAAGGACAAUAAAAUUAUUGGCAUUGUACAACAAUGUGAACUGAGGAUUGUGGUCUUCAAGGGCAUUAGGUAGGUAUUUCUCCAUUGUGUGUACCUGUUUGGUGCCACUGGAGGGAACAGGAAACUUGGACCCUCACAAGAUACUUGGAUCCCUAUGGUGUUUGGAGGGUAAAAAAAAAAACACUGAAAAUUAUAAUUCUGUUUUAAAAUAGUUUGGAUAUUGUUGCUGCACAAUAGUAUUCUACAUAGCAGGGGGCCUUCACAGGGAUACAUAGAGCUAUACUAUAGUCAGGUACUCAUUGGAUGGGGACAGGAAGUUACUCCCUUGUCUAUUGUGAACCUCCACCCCCUUUUGCAUUCUGAGCAGUCCUUCCCUCUCCGACUAUGACGAGGAGCCUACUGUGCAUGCCUGAUUGAUUUGUACUGGAUCAGAUGCAGUAAGCAUGUCCAUUAGGCACGUCUUUGAAGUCUUCAUAGUUGGAGAAAGGAGUGCUCAGAAAGCAAAAGUGGGCAGAGCUUCAUACUAGGCAAGGGAGUAAGUAAAAGAGCUUUCUUAACCUUUAAAGAUAUUUACCUCAAAAUAUUUCUCUAUUUGUUUGCCAUGUUGUAGAACUCUUUAGUAUGCGCCACAUACAGAAACCGCAUUUGGUCCAUACCCUUAAAAAAACUAUAUUCAAUACUCUGUACCCCAGGGGAAAAUUCCUUGUUUAUAUUCAGCGCAGGUAACACAUUAUUGGUUCAGUUUUUCGUAGCCUUUAUGUAGAGGGACAGUUCAAGGGUUUUACCAUUGGGGCCUAUUUUGCAGCAUUUAGUGUUGGUCUCUGUUACUGUAUAGAUCUUAGUUUUCAUUAGUUAUAAUUUGUGCAUUUUGAAUUAUUUGCAUUGCUGGAGCUCUUCAGCUUGGGAUGUAAACUCAGGUUACUAGCACUUAAUUACCCUAGCAGCCAGGCAGCAGUAUGGCAGGUAAAUGGGAGAGGGCCUGAACAGAAAGGUAACAAUAAAACUGAAGCCUCAAACAACUAUCUUUCAGUUGCAGAGUGGAGAGAGGCAGAAUAUAUCAUUUAAAAAAAACCCACAAAAACAUAGAUAAAAGAAUAGGUCCAUCUCUAAUGUACUUAUUUAAUUUAAAGGUGAAAUGCGUAUUUGACUCAUGUCUUGCCAUGCAUUGAAAAGCAAAGAAAGUUGAAUGUUGACAAUUUAUAGAAACCCAGGUACAAUAUGUGUUAAUUGACCUAGGAUACCUUUCUUGUGCCUUAAAUUAAUUUUUGUCAAAUAUUUACAAUUUUCUAUUAUUAGUACAAAAAAAGGUUAAUUUUUAUAUGGUAUUGGGGUAUGGGUGCAUUCAGUGUCCUGUUGUCUGAAAUGAAUAAUAAAGGGAAUAAAUAAGGCAUUAAUAUGAGAUAUUAGACAUAUUGCCAGUCGCUGGCUAAAAGAGAAGUUUACAAAAAGGGAGAGCAGUGUGUCCCCUCCCUACUACAAAUCCCGGAGGCUUAAAAUCCUGUGGUAACAUAAGACUUGGUUGGUGAGACAGACCCUGUGCUAUAUGCAGGAUUACUGGGUUAGGUUAGAUAAUUGUAUGGCAGCUGUAUAGUCUCCCAGAAAGUUUUACACUUUACAUUUGAUAUUGUGAUUACUGAAAAAAGAAGUGUAAGGGUUCAAGUCUGUGCCAAGGUGUUUGGAAUGGGUUCUGAGAAUCUGUCAUGCAAACAAAAAAUCUUCUUAUAUGUAUUAACUACGAGUGUGUUGUGCAAACAUGCUGGUAAUACAUAAGAAUGUUUAAUAUUUGUCUAUCAACAUUUCCACUUCUGUUAUUACACUUGAAUCAAUAAAAUAAGCCUAGGAGACUACAA